GGAAUAGUAAGUACUAAUUUAGCCAACUUGCUAUUUCUACAAAAAGAUACAUGUACCGUUAAUGCGAAAGAUAAGAUUAAGAAUAAAUUGGCACGUGUCAACAAACCAAAACCAUGCCAUUUCAAAUGUUUUACAUUUAUUGCUUGAAUCUUAUCGAGGGAAAGUCCUACUAUUUAUACACACUUCGUCUUGUUCUCACAGGUCAACAGUGUUCCUAAACCAUGAAGCCCUCUUUCUUUCACUCUUCUCUCUCUCUCCUCUUCUCCAUCCUUUUCCAGACCCUAAUUCCACAGCCAGCCUCAGCUCUCCCUCUCUCAACGUCAGGCCGAUGGAUCGUGGAUGAGAUCACGGGUCAACGGGUGAAGCUUGCAUGCGUCAACUGGGCGUCUCAUUUGGAAACUAUGGUGGCAGAGGGGCUCGACAAGAGGCCAUUGGAUGAAAUAUCAAAGACCAUCGGUUCGAUGAGGUUCAACUGUGUCCGGCUAACAUGGCCAACCUACCUAGUCGCUGAUUCCUCCGUGGAACCAUCCGGUUCCAUCACCGUCCAUGAGUCACUUCGACGGCUUGGCCUUAAUGCGUCCAUCAUCGGAAUAUACACAUACAAUAAUUGGAUACUGGAUCAAACACUUAUCCAAGCGUUCAAGGCUGUAGUGUCGAACCUAGGAAGCAACCAUAUAAUGGUGAUACUCGACAAUCACAUAACCAAGCCAGGCUGGUGUUGCAACUACCAUGAUGGCGAUGGCUUCUUCGGGGAUGAAUUCUUCAACCCUAAAGACUGGAUCUCAGGGCUGACUAAAAUGGCAGAAAUGUUCAAAGAAGACUACAAUGUAGUUGGCAUGAGCCUAAGAAAUGAGCUCAGAGGUCCAAGACAAAAUGUUCCAGACUGGUAUAAGUAUAUGCAAAUGGGGGCCGAGGCAGUGCACAAGGCAAAUCCCAAUGUUCUUGUGAUACUUUCAGGACUUGACUUUGACACAGACCUCAGUUUCCUCUCGAAUAAAAAAAUCGAGCUGUCAUUUACCACCAAGGAGGUCUAUGAGAUGCAUUGGUACAGUUUCACCAAUGGUGACACCUGGAAUUUGAAUGCCAAUGAUGCUUGUAGUUCUGUAAUUUCCAGCGUGAUGAGCAGAGCAGGAUUCUUAUUAAGUCAUGGAUGGCCCUUGUUUAUGAGCGAGUGGGGAAUCGAUCAAAGGGGAGAGAACAAUAAUGACAACCGAUACUUGGGAUGUUUUCUGGCUACCGCAGCUGCACUUGAUGUUGACUGGGGACUUUGGGCUUUGCAAGGAAGUUAUUAUCUUAGAGAAGGCAUAGUCGAUGCUGAGGAGUUCUAUGGUGUUUUCAGUUUAAACUGGGAGAGAAAAAGGAAUCAAACCUUCUUAGACAGGAUUGCUUCUCUGAGGUCUCCCUUCCAAGGUCCAGGUCUCAACCACGCACUUCACACUAUACUCUACCAUCCAACAUCUGGAAUGUGUGUAAACCCGACUGAGUCAUCAGAGUUGAGUUUAGGGUCCUGUGACUCAGCGAAAGGCUGGAGGUACACGAAGGAGAAAUUGAUCCAACUUCAAGGAACAAACUUAUUCGCGAGAGAUUUUGGUCCAGGUUACAACGUGACACUCUCAGACUACAGCCCUGACACUACUAUGAAAUGGGAUCUUAUAUCCGCCACCAGAAUGCACAUUUCCUCGAUGAAUGAGACUGAUUUGUGCCUAGAUGUUGGUAGAGACGGCUAUACUCUCAUGACAUAUCAAUGCUGUCUUGGUGAAGCCGACCAAGAUUGUGAUCCUGAGGGUCAAUGGUUCAAGAUGGUGUCCAGUAAUAGACCAGUGUUGCAAUAUGUAUUAUAUUAGUUCUUGGAGUGAAUGUAGAGGAUAUUGAAUGGGAAAUACUUGGUGGAUGGAAAUUUAAAUCAAUCAAAAUAGAAAAGCUUAAGAUACUGGGGUAUGUAUGACAAU